AUGUCUGGAUCUUUCGAAAAGUCGGUCAAAGGCGGGACGAAGAUCAAGCUCGCCCCACCCAAGGCCAAAUAUGUCGAACAUAUCCUAGUCGCAACCCACGCUGGAGAAGCCGGAGUCGCUGAGAUCUUUCGAGCCCUACAGAACCGCCUCAGAGAUUCAACAUGGACAAUAGUCUUCAAAUCACUCAUCAUAGUGCAUCUCAUGGUACGAGAAGGGGAACCCAACGUGACGCUGAAAUACGUAGCGGAGUCGCCUUCGAAGCUUGCCAUAAGCAAUUUCUCAGAUGGUACGUCUAAGGAGUAUAAGAUGGUAUCUGCACGGGGGCCGACAGAAUUGCAGGUCCAGGGAACCAAUAUCCGGCAUUACUAUACCUAUCUACUGGCUCGAGCAAAGGCGUACAAAGAUACCAGAAUAGAUUGGGUCAGGGAAGGUCCUACUCGAUUAAAGAGACAGACCAUAGACAAGGGUCUACUGAGGGAGACGGAAGCUGUGCAGAGUCAAAUUUCAAAGCUGCUGCAAUGUGAUCUCCUUAAUACGGAGGCGGAAAAUGAGAUCACCGUAUGCGCGUUUCGUUUGCUGACUAUGGAUCUCUUGAUACUCUACGGCGUUAUGAACGAAGGGACGAUCAAUGUUCUCGAGCAUUACUUUGAAAUGUCCAAAUACGAUGCAGAAAGAGCUCUAGCUAUAUACAAGACGUUCACUAAGCAGACCAACCUGGUCGUGGAAUUCUUGAGCACAGCUAGACAGUAUGAGAAUGCAACACGACUAGAGAUUCCGAAGCUUAAACACGCUCCGACCAGCCUGACUUCUUCUCUGGAAGAAUACCUCAAAGAUCCAGAUUUUGAGAUCAACAGACGGCAGUAUCUGGCACAGCAAGAUGCGAAGAAGGGCAAGAAGAGCACAAGCAAUGGGGCGUCAGAGCCUGUGGAUGGGUUUUCGAAACUUUCAUUGAACAAAGGUGGAGCAAGCAAAGCGCUCCCCGAGCUGAAACUUGCAUCACAGCCAGCUCCAGCAAAACCAGAGGCGAAAGGCCCGGCUCCGGAUUUGAUAGACUUCUUCGAUUCAAUCGAGCAGAAUCAACAACCUAUGGCUUCAACGCCUCAGCAGCAAAUGCUCAACUUCCAAACGGGACCUCAGUACCAACAACAGCAGGCAAUACCACAGCAGACGGGAACUACUGUUCCACAACAUAACUUCUUUGCACACACCGGGCAGCAGCCGCAACCACAAAACGGCGGGAAUUUCGGCAGUGCAAACCCAUUUGGGCAACCUCAAGCACAACAGGCUGUGCAGCAGAAUUUUAGUGAAGCCGGCUUCGGCGGUUACAGCCAGCAGCCAUUCGCACAACAGCAGGAUCUCUUCUCAAGCGCACCACAGAACAGUACCUCGCAGUUUCCAACAUCUCAACAGCAGUUCAAUACAGGUGAACCCUCCUUUGGUCCUCCGCAGCGAUCCUUUACAACGCCGCAAUCGUUUGCCCCACAACAGACAGGAUUGUCAAACCCGUUCCGACAAUCUAUGAUGCCCCAACCCACAGGAGUUUCGAACUCUUCCUACCAGAAUACUGGACCUGUUGCCUCACCAUUACAACAUCAAUCCACCAAUCCUUUCGCCCGUAGCAUCUCCAAUCAACCCACGGGCCAGAUGCAAAAUUCUCAAUUCGCAUCUCAGCCGCCUGCACAAGGAUCACCAUUCACUUCGCCACCACCCCAACUACAGCAAAACAUCCCCUUCACCUCGCAACCUGCGCCCCAACCUCAACAACAACCAUCUCCAAAUAAUCCAGUCACGCCUCAUCGAACAGGGACGAACCCUUUCGCGCGCACCGCAUCUCCACCUGCAGCAUCACCAUUAGUGCCCAACCAGACCGGUACCAAUCCGUUCCGGCAGAGCGUCUUUGUCAAUCAGCAAACAGGACAAGGCUGGCAGGCGGGUCAGGGCACGAUGGGCGGAUUCGAGCAAUUAGGCACUGUUCCUAUCUUCCCGAGGCCGGGGCAAUCGCAGCAACAGCAGGGAGCCUGGCCCUGA